AUAAAUAAAAAAAUAGAUUAUGAGAAAGUUUUUUUAAAAGUAACAAUUAACGACAACAAUAAUAAAAAGUUGUUUGUUAAACAUACAUCUGUACAUGGUGGAUAAUUGAUAUAAAUUGUUAUUUAAAAGUUGAUUACUUAAAUUUGUGUACAAGUGCGUGUCGUAGAGGAAAAAUUGUGAAAAUUGGUAGCAAUCCUAAUUAUAGGCAAAAUUUACAUAAAGAAACUAUGUCAACGUUGCCGUUUCUUUUAAGUGUUGCUGAUGAGCUGGACAACAUCAAUUCACAGUCUUAUAUGGACGAUUUCGGGUUGGGUUUCCAUCCGCAUCGACAAUUCUAUCGUACACCGACUAUACAACUAUCUUUGCCAGCGGGUACAGAUUGGAUGCAGCAACCGGAGUCGGGCCGUCAUCAAUCUCGCUAUCGUUCUUAUCGCUGUUACGGUGAAACGCAAAAUAAUUUGCAAACAACUGCAGAAGGGGAAGAUGAAGACAAUGAAGCCGAUGAGAAUGGUUCCCGCAACGAACGUGACGGCGCCAGCAGUUCAGCAUCGGCUAAAAGGGCUCAAAAAUUUGUAUCAGCUUUAAAUUCAAAUACGGAAGAUGAAGUCAACAUAGAUAAUACAGUGCAAAUGUAUAAUUUAUCUAAGAAAUGCAGUAAAAAUUAUUAUCGUCAUGGUGAACCUUCAACUUCAGCAACCAGCAGCAAAUUAAAUGAUGCUACUGCUAGCUCAGCUGCAAAUAGUGUAAGUGGUGGAGCAUAUGGUGGUCGGGGUGGUGGUCGCGGCAACAGUGGUAGUGCGAAGGACAAACCGAGGAUGGGCUAUCGUUUGCAUACUAAAUGCUUGGAGGGCAAUAACUCAUCGUCCGACGAAAGUUUGCAAAAGGUAUCUUCAUCAAUCGAAUUUUUGACUUGUUUUCUAUUGAAAAAAUCGCGUGCCACCAAAAACACUACAUCGUCAUCGUCCACUAGCACCGCUACCGAAGGUAAAAAAUCUUAGAAUACUUUAGUUAAACGACGCAGCAAUUGUUUUUAAAAAAUAGAAAGCAAUAAGCUUAGGUACGACGUUUGAAGAAAAUUGAAUGAAAGUAUUACCCGCAAAACCACAUUAAACCUAAACCUAACAAAACUAACUAAUAAAUUAUAGAGCAAGGAUUCAUGGAGGCUACAAGGGCAUCUCCUGUCCAUUAAGGACUUCUAAUGAAAUUUAAGAAGAUAGAAAAGAAGAAGCAUAAGAGCAUAAAACGCGAUUGAAAUUCUAAAUUAUACACAUAUACAAACAAAUUUCCACAUAUAUAUAAAAAUAUAUUUAAUCACAUAAUAUGAAAGAAAAUCUG